AUGAGAAACGAAAGGGUAGAAAAGGUAGGAAAACGAGAGAUAAGUAGGAAAGGAAGUAAAGCAAGAAGAUGGCUGAUGAUGGGCAGUGAGGGGCAGAGACAUACGGUGGAAGCCGGGAAGGCGACGAUAAUGCAGCGGACCGGGCUGACCGCUAGGGACCUUAGGAUUCUUGAUCCUAUGUUGUCAUACCCUUCAACAAUUAUGGCUCGUGACAAAGCAAUGGUCUUAAACUUGGAACAAAUAAAGGCUAUUGUUACUGCACAUGAGGUUCUUUUGCUCAAUUCUAGAGAUCCCUCUGUUGUCCCUUUUCUUGAACAACUUCAUGCAACAAUUCUUCAUCACCACACUGCUAUUAUUCAUCAUUCUCGAGAUGAUCAAGAAAAGAAGGAUGAGGAUGAAAUAAAACAAGUUAACAACAAUAAGAAGAUUAUUCCAUUUGAGUUUGUGGUGUUGGAGGCAUGUCUUGAAGAUGUUAUAAGUUCCUUAGAAAAUGAGGCCAAUAUAUUGGAACUUGAGGCUUAUCCUGCCCUAGAUAAGCUAACCUCAAAGAUUAGUACUCUUAAUUUGGAACGUGUUCGCCAUGUUAAAAGUCGAUUAGUUGCCUUAACUGCUCGUGUUCAAAGGGUAAGGGACGAAUUAGAAAAAUUGCUAGAUGAUGAUGGAGACAUGGCUGAACUAUAUCUUACAGAUAAAUUGUCUCAACAGAAGCUUGAAAAUUCUUCUACAUCCUCAUCCAUGAAUAACAAUGGGGAUGACAUCAUGAUGAAUCAAGUUCUUCAACCAAAUACACCUGACAGGACUUCGUCCGAAAUAUCAUUAGAACAAGGUCGAGAUUUAAUCUAUCAUGAAGACUCUGAAAGUGUUGUUAGUGGCCAAAUACCUAAAACCCAGGCUGCUACUGUCAACAGUGAUGUAGGAAGUGUUGAGGAGCUUGAGAAGCUCUUAGGAGCAUACUUUGUGCAAAUUGGUAGCACCCUCAACAAAUUAUCCAUGUUGAAUGAAUACGUUGAGGACACAGAAGAUUACAUAAACAUUACAUUAGAUGACAAACAAAACCGCAUUCUACAAACUGGAGUUCACAUAGGCACAAUAAGUGUGAUCGUGAAUAGCUUUAUUCUGGUGACAGGUAUCUUUGGUAUGAAUAUUGAAAUUGAGAUAUUUCAUGCUGAAAAGGAUAAGUUGUUCCUUGUGACAAUUUUCCUAUGCACUGCUGCUUGCUUAAUCUUAUAUCUUCUUGCCAUGCUUUGGUACAAGAAGAAAAAAGUGCUAUAA